AUCCCCCACAAUGUUCCCACGCCUCUCCCCCCGCGCCCUAUAUAACACAGCCCCCCGCCCCUUCCAUCGCCCAUCCCCGGCACUUGUCAGGAAUAUGACUACUCCCACACCUGUUUGGAAACCGGACGCGUCGUACGAGCGAAGGGAUAUGCCGCCUAGAGAUGCUGGCGAGCCGUCCAGCGGCCCCACAGCAGGCCAAGUCGACGCCUACCUCGCCCCAAAACUCCUCCACCCCUCCUACGGCGCCGACCCCGCGCUGCCCGCCAUCCAAUCCCGCGCACUCGAAGCAGGCAUCCCCCCCAUCUCCGUUUCCCCCCUCCAAGGCCAGUUCCUCAGCAUCCUCGCCCUCUCCAUCGGCGCCGAGCGCAUCCUCGAGGUCGGUACGCUUGCGGGGUACAGCACGGCGUUCUUGAGUAAAGCGUUACCUGGGCAUGGGCAGAUUGAUACGCUCGAGCUGGACCCGCAUCAUGCGGCUGUGGCGCAGGAGAACUUUUUGAAUGCGGAUCUAUUCCCUUUCCCGACGAUCCAUGUUGGGCCGGCGCUGGAGACGCUGAAGAGGUUGGAAAAGCCCGCAGAGGGGGCGUAUGAUUUGGUGUUUAUUGAUGCGGACAAAGAGGGGACGCUGGGGUAUGUCAAGGAGGGGCUGAGGUUGUUGAGGAAGGGGGGAGUGGUGGUGGUCGAUAAUGCUGUGAGGAGUGGCAGGAUCGCUCUUAGCAGGGAGGAAGAGCCGUCUCCCAAUGUCGACGGUAUGCGCAGGCUCUACGACUGGAUUGAGCAAGAUGGAGGGAGGACAGUGUUGGCGAAUGUGACCCAGACCGUUGGGGCAAAGUCCUGGGAUGGGUUCGCGAUCCUGUACAAACUUGUCGAGUGAAGGAGCAAGGUAAAUCGAGGGAAGUAGGGGUGUCAGAAGCCAGGAGCCGUCUUGAUGUGUAACAUAUGCAGCGACUCAGUCAUCCCAAG